AUACUUUGAAGGUGCAACACCGAAGAUUCAUUUAUAGUCUCAAAGUUUCAUACAAUCACUUCAGUGCAGUAUCUGCACAUCCUUAUCACUAUCACUAGAAUGAUUUGCACGGUCUAGAAAAUCAUUUCACAAGAUGCACCCUUCCUAUUUUGUGUUUAAACAGUUAAUAUUUGUGUAUUUCAAAGUAUAACACAUCCAGUGCAUUUCGGUUUAUCUGUGUAACUGUGUUUCGCUUACUUAUAUUUUUAAAUUCAACAGUGAAAUAAUAUAUCUGCUAGUCGAAUAAGCUAUCUAACGCAGUGUUGUUAUUAAUUUGAAGUUUAAAGUCGUGAAUUAUUUAUAGUGAUACAAUAGUUCUAUAGUGUGAUAUCCGUUAUUAGCAACAUGAUGAAAAUCGAAAAAUCUAAGAAUUCAGUCAACGUGGACCAUGUUGCCUAUUAUCAUACCUACAAGUACAGUUCACUUCAAAGACUAAACAAAUCCAAAAGUAUGCAUGGUGUCAAACGUGUCGUGGCAUUUUGCAUUCUAACAGCAGUUUUACCAGCAUCCCUUAUAAUAUUACCAUUGUAUCUCCGACAUACUGUCUUCGCCGAUGUAGUGUAUCCGAUUGCAGAGUCAGAUAUAAUCGAAAUAAGAGAUGGAAUUUCUUCAGUUUUCUGUCAGCGACACAUAUUACAGAUGAACACAAGCUUCAAUGCUUUCCAGCUCAAACAGAAACCAGAGAUUUCCCAAAAUCGUAAACACAUCCGUCUAAAAAAGUCUAUGUCACUACCAGACGAUACUUUGGAGUAUUGGGGAUUCUAUUUGCUUAAAGGAGCUACGGUUGCUCUGAAAGUUUGUUCGCGUUAUGAUGGAUCGCGAAUACUUGUAGUGAAAGGAGAACGUAAUUUAAGAACGUGCGGAUUACUGGAUCACAACAAAAACAAAGUUGGUACACACUAUAAUAACGAUCACGGCCAAGUGCUGGUAACGUUCGAAUCGGCUGCCGAAAUAGUAGACUCAUCAGGACCCUACAAUGAUAAUAAUUCCAAUAAAUAUAUUCCUCCGGAUGUUGGCAAUCAUGGAGGAGAAGAUCUUACAGACGAAGACAUAACUGCAGAAGAAAAUGUCCACCUAUUAGGGGAAUUGAAACUUUCAAGGCACCCGGACAAUAUUGGACUUUCAGCAGUGAACAAAGAUGUAAUCACCAUACGUUCUCAUGAGGAAAACAAAGACAGCUCGAACGAAGAAAAUUCGUCUGUUCGAUCGGAGACCCUUCCACCGUUUGAUCAACGAUCGUCAAUUACACCAAACUCUAUAAAACCCAAAGAGACUGAAGCUAGUCGCAAGCGUUAUAGUUUUAAGCACGAAAUGAAAGACAGCACCAUAAGUAGCUUGGAGAGUGAUACUAAUCAGCUUCAGACAAAUCAACGCAGAAGACGCCAUCACGGUAGACACGGUCAUCGUGAUAAGAUAAGUAAAGACACAGUUCACGUGUUGAACACGAGGAAAGAUUUACCAGAAGAAGCAAAGGAAACGAGAACCAAACGUGAUACUGUUUAUGAUCGCCGAAUAAAUCAUGGGGGCAACGCAUUUAAUUCCAAUAACACAUCAGACUCGGUAUCCAGUUUCGAGAACAGUUUGCUCGCCUGUUACGAUGGUGACAUACUAUUAGCGCAAAGCUUUCCACCUAGUCAUUUAUGCAAAGACGUGCAAUAUCUCGAAAAUGGCAUUCAUAUGGUGACGAAACACGAGGUAGCUUCUGACGGUUAUUAUUAUUAUAUAUUCUACAGUGACAACGAUUAUGUACAGAAUGACAUCCAUGCCGUAUUUGACAUCUACAAACCAACCUUUCAGUAUUCCAACAUCUCGGAGUCUAAAGGGUGUGUCAACAGUACAAAUUGCUCAUUUCCAAUUCCUUUCUGGUCAGACGAGCGUGUGAUAGUCGAGGUACCAACCAGGGAUGGCAUUGAACAUGAGGAAGAUGACAUAACUUUCUUAAUAUCGACAUGUCAACCUCGAAUGGCCAUCUAUGUCAUAUUUCCCAUAUCCGUCCUGUUUCUCGUUUUAACCUGUGCUUUUCUGUAGUUUUUAAGUCCGAAGCAUUUUCAUUUGUUUUUAUAUGGUAUUUUUUUUAGUUAUAUAUUUGAACCAUGUGUGAUAAUGUAAUACUGCAGGCACAAAUAAUGAAUCAUUGAAAUCUUAUUAAGAUAUUUGUUGAUUUUUCAACAGCUUAGUUUGUAAAAUUCGGCUCAUAUGAUUGGAAAUAUGCAUGGUUCACAUGAAAAGCGCAAUAUCAUGGAAUCUAUUUUAUGUUGACUAAAAAUAAGCUAAAAUGAAGGUUUACUUGGAAAAUCCUGUAUCAAUUUUACUACUACUCAUUCUCAAUUUUUAAAAGUUCAAUGGAGAAGGCAAAUUGAAAUUAAAAUUUAGUAUUGUAAAAUAAAACGUCUAUGUCUAAUAGAAUUCUUUGUUCGUUCUUCAGCAAUAGAGGAAUAGAAAUAAAUGACCUGCUGUCAAAUAAUAAGUCGUAAGCAGCAAAACAUUCACAGCAUCGUAAAUUGAUAUUCCUAACAUAGCCAAAGUACGAAAGAUUGCUGAGCGUAUUCGUCUAGAACUUUAGAAAUAAAAUCUCGAAAAUAAUGUUCAGGGAAGUUCAAUAGUCACAUAUCGUUGAGCAAUUCCUGAUAAAUUUGAAUAUCAUCUUACCGAUUAGAGUACAUUAAAACGCGAACUGGUUGCAUAUUGAUUUAGAUUUUGAAUGAUUGCGAAUUUAUUUUAUUUAUCGUAAAAAUUUACCAGAUCAGAAAUUAUUUUCUUCGUUGUCAGAAGAAAAACCCUGCCUAGAAGCAUGUCUUAUUGUAUUUUUGACAGUUCGUUGAUUAUUGUCAGAUUUAAAAAAUAACAGAAAAAACUAGGGCAAGUUUCAGAGUUUCUGCUAGGAUCAUUUUUAUGUAUUUUAAUUAUCUUUAAUGUAUUUGAAUUACAAUAUUCUACCAUCAUAGGAAAUACCUGCUACGACCUUUUUCAUUACUCAUUUGUCAAGUUAUGGAAUUUCAAGUCAAAUUAAAUCCGAGCAUGUUCAGGACCGUCA